AUGAAGGAAGAAACCCCCAGGGAGUCGCCUGAAGGCUCGCGGGCCGACGACCAGUCGAACUCGAAAUCCGGUGCCAAUCUAGGGUCCAAGGACCGAAAUUGCCAGUAUUGCGGUCAGCCGUUUACCUCAUCGUCACUUGGUCGCCAUCUCGAUCAGUUUCUGUUCAAGAAGAAGCCUGAUGGCGUUCAUGAUGUCGAGGAAAUUCGUCGCAUCCGCAGUGGGAUCACUCGUCGGCAGGCCCGCACGAAUUCUGGCAAGCAUGACGAGAGCCCCGAUCACGUCCAAAAAAAGGGCUCCGUCGACCCCUAUACUACCACUGGAGAAUCGGCAUCCAAGGCACGCGAACCCCCGCCGCGCAUGAUGUUCAAUACGCCGACUUGGCAUGCAACCGGCGUCAUCAACGAUAUUCCAAACCCAAGUCGCGUGCUAGACGGGCCACGAGUCAUGCCAAAUCAGUCGCGGGCGGGCUCCUUGCAGCUGCCGGAUUAUGCGAGCCGAGGUGCCAAUGCCAACAACCCUGAUACCAUGAAAGCGCUCGAGCUGGCGUUGCACGAAGUGCUCGAUAAUAUUAAAGCUGCAACUUCGCGUUUUCGGCCUAGAAUAUCGCCCUUCGAUUUCGAUAUCCAAACCCAGACGUUCCCCUCCCUAUGCCUCCAACUCCUUCCCCCUCCGCCGAGCUUGUUCGCUUCUCACCCAUUUUCCUCGCCGAAUUCGUUUCCACUCCAACCACCUGGGAUGGAGCACCUUGAAAUGAUCCGUCAAGCACUCCGCUCCAAGGUUGCGCAGUGGAAAGCCGACCAAAUUUCAGGGGAUUCCAGCGCCCACGCGAAACUGGGGGUGACAAUGGAUCACAACAUGAUCUAUCGGACCGGAAGGCAACACGAGGAAAUCGGAUUGAGACAUCUGGAGCUAGCUUAUAAUCACUGGAACUCCCUUCCCCACGAGACUCGUCGUGAAUCAUGGCAGUUGGAGAUGACCCGCGCAUUUGCCCGGGAAGCGGAGCAACGUAAGUCGGUAGAUGAGCAGCUAGCCCGGGUCCAACAAGAAGCAAAUCAACUGCGAGCCCAAGUGGAACGACUUGGAUCAUGCCAGUGGCCCCGCGAAUUCGCUCUCUUCCCUCCCGACGCUCUCCCAAUCUCUCGAGAUGUCGCUCGUGAGUUGAAUGCGAAAGAGAGCCAGAUCACUCCGGAUUCCACACGCUGGGACUACGACCACGUCGUCAGCAAAUGGAAACGCGUUGUCAUGCAUGAUAAGGGUAUGGGCCGAAUUGGAGUCGGCUAUACUAGUGGCAUUCCAAUCGCCGAUCUAGAUAAUAGCCAGCAGCAAAGUCCUAAUGUGCGACCUCCCCGACCGGGCGAAGAUACUUCAUCUCAUCCGAACCGCCUGCGACCUCUGCAGUCCGCCGCCGCUAUGAGCCCAGAUGCGGGUACAGCAUCCACGCCUGCUUCCUCGGCAAAUUACGCUUCUCCAUAUUCGCAUGCCGAUCCCCGCAGCCCACCGGGUGGCAGCGUCGGCGCCCCACAGGCUAAGCGUCCUCGUUUGAUGAAUGGAGCUGACGGCCCAGCCGCGCCGUCUUCUGACUCCGCUCCUUCAUCGGCUAGGCCAUGCGGCCCUUGGCCAUCUUCCUCCACUCCCAUUCUCUCUAAUCUGGCAGCUCCGUCCGGCCAAACGCCACCUUCCGCUUCCAGAUAA